CCGACAGCUGAAAACAUGGCAGACGAACACGGACGGAAAUGGGACCGCUGUCUUGCUGAUACAGCCGUGAAAACAGUGACUGGCCUUGCUGUGGGUGUUGUGUUCUCCGUCCUUCUCUUUAAACGUCGCACAUGGCCUGUCUCAUUCGGUGGAGGUUUGGGACUGGGCAUGGGAUAUGCCAACUGCCAGCAUGACUUCAGGUCACCGUACCUGGUUCACGGCAGAAUGGUUAAGGACCAGUAAUAAAGGACUAAAGAUGAUCAGGAUUCCCCAAGAAGCUCCCCUUUCGUUUUUGUGUCUGUUUUGCUGCUUAGUUCUGUCCUGGCACUAGCGUCUUAUGAUGCCCACAAUGUGUUUAUCAAAUGGCAGUCAUUGUAUAUUUAAUAAAGCGAUUCUGGAAAACUG